AUGAAUUUAUGUGAAUUGGAAAAUAUGCAUACACAGAUAAAGUGUUAUACUGUUGGCCAGUUGACAACAGAAUUAACCACUCCUACUUUUAAUCAACUGAAAACCGAAGAUUUGCAUGGAUAUCAAGAAAAUCACUGUAAUACAUCAUAUCGAAGUUGUAUUUUCAUGGAUAAUGAUAAUAGUAAUAAUAAUAAUGGUUCACUAACUUCCCUGAACACAGACAAUAUUUUUCCUCACGAAAUAAAUAGUAGCAAUAAUACAUACUGUAAUAUCAAUCAGAAGUUUUCCCAUCAUGGUAAACAUUUACAAAAACAUAGUAAUGUUAAUGAUCAAGAAGUAACCCCUAACUAUGACUACAUGAACAGUGAUAUCCCAUGGACAAGGUACUAUACGGAUAACUUAACAAAUUCAGUCGAAAGUUAUGAUCCCAGUGUACAUACGAACAAUGACCGUAGUAAUCUUUCCAACGAAAAUUAUUUAACCUCUAGUUAUCAUUAUGAUCAUCAUACCGGUUCUUCACAGACGCAUUCACUUUCAAGUUAUUCAAUAAUGAAUGGUCUCGAAAGUUCAUAUUUCACUAAUGACAACCAUCAACACUGUUUAAAUGGAACUGUCCAGUCAAGUGACUUGCAUUUUUCAGAUUUUCAUAAUAACUAUCAUGGAGACAGAAAACCAGAUGUGAUGAGUUUUAUGAACACUAGUACUAUUGCAUCAGAUAAUAAUUGUGUAAAUGAUUCAGCGGUAAACGCAUCAAUAAAUUCCUUAAGUAAUCAAUACUGUGUAUCACAAGGGAUAGUCCUAGGAAAUUUAAAAUCGUUUAAUUCUAUGGACCAGUUUAAUUCAUCACUUAGUUGUGAGUGGUUAGGUGGUCAAGGCAGCAUAGAGGAUAAUACAAAUUGGCGUAGUAGUUGGAAAAGCAGUAUAGAAUAUGAUAAUCAAACGAAUGGUCAGUUAUAUAACCAAAAAAGUGUUACAGAUGAAUUCAAAACUUUCCAGUGUCUCAUGAUAUGA